AGGGGAAAGCUCUGGGAAGGCCCAGGCCGCUCGGCUUCCCCUGCCUGCAACGCGCCCCGGGGGUGACACAGCGUCCACACUGCACCCCAGGGUGGCGUGCUGCGCUCCGGGGUGACACGGCAUCCGCAUCGUGCUCCAGGCAUGACACGGCGUCCGCGCUGCGCCCCAGGGCGACACGGUGUCUGUGCUGCGCCCCAGGGCGACAUUGCACUGUCGGUGCUGGGAGUUUAUGCACCGAGUGCAGACGAGGUGCAGCGCGGGCGCUUCCGCGCGUAGGCCGCGUCCGUGGCAUCGCCUUUUGGCGCGUGGUCUGCUCGCUGUAGCUGGCGGCGCCGCGGAGCACGUUCACCAGGAAGACCUUUGCCCCCUCUCCACGGGUCUCUUUGUAGACGAGGCCGGAGCCGGGCGGUGGAAGGCCAGCUUGGUGUUGCCCUGGAUGUUGGCGUAAAGACCUUUGCGGCGGUGCUUGGUGCCUGCUUGCCCCAGCCCCUCGCCCCCUUUGCGGCAGCCAGGCCUGGUCGAACACGCGCAGGUGCCGGGCAACGCGGACCCAGUACAUAGCAGUUCUCAUAUUCUUGUCCAUUAGGAAAAAGUAUGUGUUUGGUUUGCCCAAAGUGUGUGCGCGCACGUGCGCCUGUGUGCGAGAGAGACGAGGGCACGGCAGCUUUUCCUUUGCCCAUCUAGGUUGACGGGAAGGAUUUUGCCGAAACGCAGGCAUCCCCCUUGUUGGGCUCUCUCUGGCACUAGCAAAAAUAGUUCAAGACUGAACUCCCCCGUAGAUAUGGAAACAGAAAUUCACUGAGCUUGUGAAGUCAAGACACAUCAAUCACAAAUGGUGGCUUUGGCACCAAAAUGCGGUUUCCACCGAAAAAGGAGGGUGAAAAUGCAGCGACCUGCCGUAGAGCAGCAGCGGUCGAGACUCCAGAACGUGGCUACCGAAAGUGCGGCUCCACCAAAAACAGUUGCUUCGUUUUGAAGUCUACAGAUUAUGAGACAGAAAUAGGCCGAGUUUCUGGCUACCUACAAGAAUUACGUUCCUACCUGUGGGUAGGCUACUGUGAUAAGGUGGCUGACAGCCCCCACACUGAAUAAUAAUCUAAGAGAUUAAUUAGUAGCAAGCUUGACUUGAUGAGAACAUAAAAGGUGCACAUGUGGUAAUAUCCACAGGAUUCCCUGCAGAACCAUAUGGCAAAUUGCAGUCAUGUGGUAAUUUGUAUUUAUCAUGUGUCUUUGACCUGUAUGUUGCCCAUUAAUCCUUCUCCCUGGUGGACCCCUUCUAUCACUCCAGAUCUCUGAGCUGCUUCAGGAGGCUGCCAUCUUUGCUUUUAAUGAUCUGUUUGAGAAAUUAUUCUCUUUUUUCAGUCAGUAGGUUAAAUCCCCUCCCUCCUUUCCCUGGGCUGAGGCAGAGACAGAAACCUUGCAACCUUUCUGGGCUGGAAAGAGAAGCCUUAUACCCAGGUUCCAGCCGGUACGGACUCUGGCACUGAACCUUGGCAUUUAUAGGGACCUGAUGGUGAAUUGGUGUCCUUUUUCCUCUCCUCUGCCAGGCCCUUUUGUAGUGUAUAGGAAGCCUGAUUUCUUUCCCUGCCCCCUGCACCUCCUUCCAAAACAUUUCUCUCUCAAUUUACAACAUGUAGCAUACUGGGAAUAAGUGCAAGUCUACUUAUACCUGCUGCUGCUGGCUGACCUCUCCCGGGUGUCACAUAAGAGUGUGAUCUCUCUUGCCUUCAUUGAGAAGGAGGGCUUUUUGCCACAGAAAGGAUUUUUAUGGCAGAAAGCUGCCCUGUCUUCAAAGUGCUCAUUAGGCAUUGAAAACAAAAGAGAAGGGCUCACACUGUCUGACAAAAAUCCUUUCCCUCCCAGUAGCUCCCAUUUUGGUCUCUUGAGAUGCCCUUGUUUUACUAAUUAAGAGCAUGCUCUUGAUGAAUAAUGAUGAUUAUUAGGAGGAGAGUUUUCCAGUCACCCUAGUCCUUGCCACAACUGAGACCUGAAUUUCCAAUGGAAAAAGCAGCAGAGAAAUGAACACUGAAAAGCAUGCCUCUCUCUCCCAUCUUCAGACCUUCUUGGUAUAUUAUAAAGAAUGAGGCAUGAGUCCAUUUUUCUUUCUGCUCCUUCCCAGGUCACCUUAAAGCUGUGACAGCAUUAUGAAUGGAAAAGGUCGUUUUUACAACACCGUGGUAGCUGUAACAGCUUCUCCUUCAGUGAGCUCAGGGAUUUUCAGGCAAAGAUCCAUCACCAGAGCCUACUACAGGAACUCAGUAGGUGGCCUCCUCUUAUUUGACAUUACAAACCGCAGGUCCUUCCAGAACGUCCAUGAGUGGCUAGAAGAGACAAAGGUGCAUGUCCAGCCCUACCAGAUUGUCUUUGUCCUGGUAGGUCACAAAUGUGAUCUUGACACACAGCGGCAAGUUACCAGGCAUGAGGCCGAGAAACUGGCUGCUGCAUAUGGUAUGAGAUACAUUGAGACCUCAGCUCGGGAUGCCAUUAAUGUGGAGAAGGCCUUCACCGACCUGACUCGAGAUAUUUAUGAGCUUGUUAAAAAGGGGGAGAUUUCAAUCCAGGAGGGCUGGGAAGGGGUAAAGAGUGGGUUUGUACCAAAUGUAGUGCACUCCUCGGAAGAGGUGGUGAAAUCAGAUAGGAGGUGCUUGUGCUAAUCGCGUCUAGUGAGAAAAGCUAUGAUGAACUCUACUAACCAAACAUACUCUACUAAGUGAACUCCGUGUGACAGAAGGGGUGUAAUGCUAGCGUGGUGAACAUGUUGUUUUGGACACCAGAGAAACAGAACCAGAAAAACAAUGUUCCGUUCCAAAUAACCUUCCAGAAUCGGGGGGGGCUACAAACUUACAUGAGAAUGAACAAGGAUGCAUGUUUACACUGUAGGAGACGGGAGGCAUAAGAGCAAGCUGGUCUGAACCAGGUGGUACGCACCAGGGAAUUUUACAUGUCCUGUUUUAAGUAAAUCUAUAGUUAUACACUGCGUGCUGAAGCCACAGUAUGAAUAGUCUAUUAGUAUGAGACAUGCGUGUAGAAAAAGAGAGUGAGAACGUUGGUGUAUGUCAACAGUUAUUUCCAGAAAGACGAGAAUGCAGCAUGGUUACCCCUCAUGAACAAUGCUUCAGUGGUUAGCUCAAAAGGAAACUGUUUUUCAGAUGUGGCAUGCACAUUUCUGGUGUUUAAUGUUCUUGCACCUAAAAACCUGUAGUAAAAACUGACUGGUAUUGAAAGAGGAAACUAAGGGUUGUUUUAUUGGUAACUAAAACUUAAUCACCACCUGUCCCUAUGGGGUUAUUAGUCUUACCACACCUGGCCAAGACUCUUGACACUAAAAUCCAGCAUAAUGGUUCCAGUUAGGAUUGAGGUAUGAAUUAAAAUAUUAAAUAUAAUCCAGUUAGAUGAUUAUAGUGGAGAUACCUCUGAUUCAGCGAUUUCCAGUGUAACUAACAGAUUAGGAACAUAAAGCUUCUCAAGUGUGUCCUGCCAUCCUGUAUUUCACAGACAGGUCAUCACCACCAGGAACCAGCUGUCAGAUGGGGAGACACUGCUGUUUCUGUCUGCAGUGCCGGGGUGUGAAAAUCCCUCCUACUGCUAAGCCCCUUUAAGCUCCACUUAAUAGGAAAAUGGAACGAACACAUGAACAUUCCAGAGCAUAAAUUAAACGCAUCAAACACCCAGAAAGGUGAGUUUUUCUUUAAAGAAUAGUGCUAAAACAGAGCAGCCACUGGCAACCUAUUCUGGUCCCUAAGUGUCAUUUUCCUUAUUGGAAGGACCUGGAGGGAGGAGCAUAAGAAUAAACACCUGAGUUGGUAGAAUGGCCAGAGAAGAGGGAAGGCCAAGAGGGAAUAUUUUCUCCUCUGUUUGAAUCCAGUCAUAUCCAUCUCAGGUAGAAUCUGAUGAUUAGGUAGCUGCAUUACAAAGGCUCUAACUAGGCAUUUAUUUUCUGGGAACAGCAUCCAUCAUUUGAACUUUACUUCCUCUAAGUAUCAAAGUAAGCUUUUGAAAUGCAGCAUGAUAACCAUGCACCCGAAUUGUACCUAGGGGGAUCAGUUUAUUAGCAGAAUUUGUAGUGAGAUUUAUUCAAGUUUGCAAACUUUACAAGCCAAACUGUUAAAGGCCUGGAGGGUUAGGUAAACCAUAUAGGCGUGUCGAGUGUUUGAAUGCAGGCCUCUUAGUAGACAAGUACUUCUAAUUGCUUUUCUAAGGUAACAUGUUCCAUAAGAGUAUGCUUUUUUGGUUGUUAACAAGUUGAACCAAUCUCUCUUCAGAUCUGUUUCUGUAUUUUGUACCAUUUGGCCAGGACUGGAUCAUAAAAAUAAUCACAGCCUAGGUAUAAAAGCUGUACAUGAAGAAAAGUAAUAUUUUACUUUUAUACUUUCUGGUACCAGUUCUAGUUCAUUGCUUUUGUUGCCAAUAAAUUACCAUCUGCUGAGCCAGAGAAAGGGAUAGUAAAAAAAAAAAUGGGUAUCAACAGGAGAAUUAAAGCUGCAGCUUUUAACUUUGAAGUCCAAUGGUCAACCUCGCUUAGGUCAUAAAUGUGCUGAAUUUGCUGACCUCAUGCUAUGGGUCCAUCAGACUCCUUCCAUUGAUUUGAAUGGAUGUUGCACUGGGCCCACAGUCUGCAGAGGGCAUUAUGAAAUCCUCUUCUGGAAUGGCAUACAUUUGGCAGGAUUGGGAAUCAGGAGAGAGCUAGAAUAGUAUGAGCCAUGUGUCCUCAACUUACACUGACACCAAUUGGAGCUGAGGGCUAUUGGCAAAGUUGUGCAGAGACCUGCUUGGCACUUCUCCAGACUCUGAACAGAGCCACCAGUUUCUAACUUGGAUAGACACAAAGGUCAGGUUGACAUACUUCCAUUCAUCAAAUAAAAAAAUAUGCCAAACCACUGUUUUGACCAUUCCAAGUCUGGGCCAGUUCUACAGUUGUGUCCGAUAUUCUUGUUGAGGAGAAUGAGUCUUAAAUAAUAUUUUUUGGACACAGAAGGAAGUAAAACUAGUAGGGUUCAGGUAUCACCAGGUUCUUCUAAGCCAGCACAGCAGAGACCUGGCUGAUGGGGAAAGCGAUGGGGUUUUUCAUUGCAUUUGCUCUUUUUUACUAUAAUGAAAAACUGCAGUUCAUUUAGUGGGCCUAGGGUUUUUUUUGUUUGUUUAUUUGUUUUUCUAAGGCAAAAAAUCAUAAGGAAUUUUAUUCAGACCUUAAGAGUAAAUGUUGAAUUUAUCGGAGAAGUAUUGUAGUUCUAAAAAAGGUGCAGUAUGAAAACAUUCUACGCCAUCUUAACUUACUUAAAAGGAUUAAAACAAAAGAAAAAUGGUUAUAUUAAAUAAGAGAUCAUUAUAUACAUCUUUUUUCUAAUUCUACAUUUUCUAGGCAGCUUAUAAAAACAUAAGCAAUGUAGAGUCAUCUGUACAAAGUUUGGAGUUUCUUUUCUAAGAUGAAAAAAACUUAUAGGCUAUGAUAAGCAUUCUUUUCUAACAACUGGUUUUAAUGCUUUGACUAUGGCAAGAGGUAUUGGAGAAACUGGAAAGCAAAACUUUCAAAGGAUAAAGUUUCAGGACCUCUUUUACUCUAGGGGAAGUCAGUCGAACAAAAACAAACUUUCUGUGGCCCAGAUCACAGGUUAAAAACAAUCUGCAUGUUAGAUUGGAAUUGCUCAGAACCUCCAGAAUAAAAGUAUACUGUACACUUUUCCUAGCUUUCUGUUAUGCACUGUAAUGAAAUGUGAAAAAAUGCUGUAUUUAGCUGUAUGUGAAUGAAAACAUGCUUGUAUUUAGCAAAAUGGUUAAUAUGUGAUUAUGUGAAAUUCAAAACUUGUAAAGAAA